AUGAGAGUCUCUUCCAUCUUCGCCGUCCUGGCGGCUGCCAGCAGCGCCCUUGCCUACUCGGCCGAGUUGAUUCCGGCCGGCGUCCCUCGCAACGUGGACGAGUUCCGCGUUAAGCACCCUUAUCAGAAGCGAUCCAGGGGCUGCCGCAACACCUACACUCUGCGCGCCUCGGAGAACGACCUGGAUGACGUCUCUGACGAGUUUGUCGAGGGCCUGAAGCUGGCCAACAACGGCGGCACUCUGCACCUCCCCGCAAACCAGACAUUCAUCAUUGGCAAGCCGCUCGAUCUGACGUGGCUCAAUGAUAUCCACGUCCACUGGGAGGGUGAGAUCAAGUUCACCAACGACACCCCGUACUGGCAGGCCAAUGCCUUCCACCAUCCGUUCCAGAACUCCAUCAUGUUCUGGAAGUGGGGAGGCAAGGACGUCAAGCUGUACGGCCAGGGUGUUCUAAACGGUAACGGCCAGAGAUGGUGGAACGAGUUUGCCGGUCUUGAGAUUCUAGACCCCACAAACGCCUACCUCCGGCCUAUCCUGUUUUAUGCGGAGAACGCGACCGGAUUGUCCAUUGAGGGCAUCCACUUCAAGGACUCUCCUUGCUGGACUACCUUCAUCGUGACUUCCAAGGACAUCUCCUUCACCGACGUCAUUGUCACCGCCGAGACCAACAACCACACUGCCGAGCCCAAGAACACCGACUUCUUCGACUCUCUGAACGUUGAAGAUGUCCGCGUCAAGCGCGCCUGGGUGAACAUUGGUGACGACUGCUUCUCCCCCAAGUCCAACGCCACCAACGUCCACGUCGACACCAUGUACUGCAACGGCACCCACGGACAGUCCAUCGGAUCUCUUGGUCAGUACGCCGGCGAGAAGAGCUUCGUCAAGGACGUCGUCAUUGAGAACGUCUGGAUGCUCAACGGCCAGCACGGUGCCCGCCUCAAGACCUGGGCCGGCCCCAACAUUGGCUACGGCUUUAUCGACAACGUCACCUUCCGCAACUUCUGGCAGGCAAACAACGAGUACACGGCCUUCAUUGACUCGUGCUACUUCAACAUCAACGCCACCACCUGCGCUGCGUACCCCUCCCAGAUGAACAUCAGCAACAUUCUGUUUGAGAACUUCUCUGGAUACUCGAGCGGCAAGUACGGCCGUGCUGUCGCUAAGCUUACUUGCUCCACCAACCCGAACGCCGUCUGCGACAACAUUCAGUUCAAGAACUUCAACAUCACUACCCCGUGCGGUGGUGACCCCGUCAUUCUCUGCGACGGUAUCAAGGGAGACAUUGGGACGCCCUGCGUUUCCGCCACUAGUGAUGAGGGUAAGGCUGCCCUGGCGGCCAAGUGCACAACUGCCAUGGCUGUAGCCACUCCAUGGGAGGUCAGGCCCUUCAAGGGUUGA